UGUUGUUGAUCAAAUUAACAGCAUUGUCAGUGUUUGUAUGGAAACGUUCAAAACUUUAGUCUUUGGGGGCAGUGACAGACCACAGAAUAAGAGACGAAUAAGAAACGAAUGCAUUCAAGAAAAGUCUUCCGUGACUCUUUUGAGAGAGUACAAUGACGUUAAAAACAACCAAUUUGUUGUAGCAAACAAGCAAGCCAGUGGAUAAUAACGUAGCAUGCAUCGACAUCGUUGAACAGCCUUUAAGCAGGUAUCGACUACGUGUACCUCCAGUGACGUGGGGCGACUGGAGAGUGCAGAGGACACGGGGGAAAUGGAGGGUCACAUGCAGCCGAGAAGGUACGCUGAUACGGAAAGGAUGAGGGAUGAGUGGAAGGAUGUGGUGGACGUGCACCGUUGCCACAUCUGUGGCUUCACCGCAGGUGAUGUUGGUAGUCUCAGUGUUCACCUCAGUUCAGCGCAUCCCACCACAGUUCAACCUCACCCGAGCAGGUAUACAAGCAAUGUGGAGCAUGGCCAAAGACAAGAGGAAGAAGUGGAGGAGAGGAAACCGUUGUCAGCAUGUUUGUCUGGAGAGAGGAAUCCGAAGACUCCUAGAGGACUGGAUGCAACUGGAGAGGGUUUUGAAGAUCAUACCAGGAGCAGAGAAUCUGCAGAACCCACCCCACUUAAUGGAGUCACCAAAGCUCAACAACAACAGGCAUCUCUCAGGUCUGCAACAACAUCAUCCCAAAGAACAACUCCGCCUUUUGUACCCGAGAGGACCCAGGUGGGGCCACUGCCCAGUUCUCCCGCCACCCCCGUCACGGCCACCAGCGGCCUCAACCGUCCACACGUGGUCUGCCUGCCUCAGGUGGCCGAGCGGCUCAAGCUGGCGUGGCAGCGGUCGGACCCUGUGCAUGAGCUGGAUGGCCAGCGGGCCCUGGUGGAGGCCUUCAACGCCUUCCCCUACCCCACGUCUCAGGAGACCGGGGCCCUGGCCCGCCAGUGCGCCCUUCCCGUGGACGACGUCAAGACCUGGUUCAUGAUGCAGCGCGUGCGCUACGGCAUCAGCUGGGCCGAGGAGGACAUCCGCGAGACGCGCCACAAGCUGCACACGCUCCGCGGCGAGCCAGAGCAGAGCAAGGAAGUGGAAGCGGCCUCCCCAGGGACGGUCACGCCGGCAGUGAGGCCCAGCGAGGAGGAGAUGAUGAUGACUGUGGACGAAGAUGACCAGUACGAUUAUUAUGAUGAGGACGACGACGGCGAGGAGGAGGAGAUGAUGCGCGCGUUCGGAGCGAGCGAGGGCAUGAUCGCCGAACGCAAACGGCAAUAUUUGCCUGCGGCCCUCUGGUCAGCGCCGCCUCUCACUCAGCUGGAACCUCCUCCGGACGCCGGCAGCCUCCAGAGGACCGCGGCGGUGGAGUUGCACCAUUUCCCCCUGCACCAGCCUCCCCUGCACCAGCCUCCCCCGCCAGGGGUUCCCAGCAUCGGUCACCUGUUGGCCUGCCCUCCGUUUGUGCUGACCGGCCAGCCGUUGCGCAUGCGCUCCAAGAAGUCGCGCGCGCAGCUGAUGGUACUCCGACGGAGCUUUGUCAUCAGCAACUGGCCGUCGGAGGGCGAGUUGCAGCGGCUGCAGGGUGUCACGGCGCUCAGCCGCCACGAGAUCCGCAAGUGGUUUGCCGACAGCCGCUACCAGCUACGCCGGAGCGGCGGCGAACACAAGACCCCCCAGAGGAGCAGUCACGCGCCCGGGGCAGCGCACGAAUGGAAAGUGGCGGCACCCCCAGACGUUCUUCCCAGGACCUCCCUCGGUGACGGCCAGCCACCCGGCGCCUCUGGCCCCGGCGGCGAGGUGGAGGUGGUCAUCAAGCAGGAGGACCACAGAGACGCCUUACGAACCUUCAUCCGGACCAAAGAGAGCCACGCCAAAAUAGCCUCUGGGGUAGAGGCCGUCCCCAGCCUCAACGGACACUCGGAAGCCUCGUCCGCCUCCUCGGCGCCCACCCUGUCAUCGUACCUGCUGCCCGGCUACCCAGGGGGCGUGCCGGGCCUUCCCGUGCCCGAACGGCACCAGCGGCUGCGUAAGAAGACGUCGGAGCAGACGGAGGUCCUGCGUCAGGCCUUCCUGCGCUGCCAGUGGCCCACGGCCGAGGACUACAGCCGGCUGGAGCAGCUGACGGGGCUGCCGCGCACGCAGAUCAUCCACUGGUUCGGCGACACGCGCUACUCCUUCAAGCACGCGCGCCUGCGCUGGAUCGGGCCGGACGAGCGGCGCGACAUCGCCACGCGCCUGGAGAUGGACGCCAGCCGCGCCUGGCAGGUGCGCUGGCACAAGCAGUGGCCCGGCCUGGGCACCGACGGACCUCCGCAGCCCAGCCCCGGCAACUGGAUGGACGCCAGCAACAGCUCCACCAGCUCCGUUCAGACGCUGGACGGGAUGGCCGGAGGGGACUUUGACCGGUGGUAUGACCUGUGGGACGGAGCUGUUCAGGGGCAGGGUGGGGGCGCUGCAGGUGGUGGACUCUGAUGCAUCACACUGACCCAAAAUGCAAGACACCGUCUUUUUUCCCUUAACUCUUCUUCUUUUUUUUGACCUUUUCAAAAAAAUUACUUUUUUCAUGUGGGAUCACCUUAUAAUUUCAGACUAGAUUUUUAACUGCCCUGUUGUUGGAGCUUUGGUUUCUGAUUGACAGUGGCAUUUCCACUAUCAGACCCGUGUGAGCCUGUGCGGUCCAUGAGGCAAUUCGAUUUAUGCACCAAGGUUCAUUAGCCAGCUCAUAUAUUUCUGGUGGAGCCUCAGGUGUGUUGUGGUGGCUAUUUUUGUAGUGUAACGUUGCCUGUUUACACAGAUGCUGAAGGAUUUAUGUGUGUGUCAAAAUUGAAUAAAGAGUUGCCCUGUUGGGCAUAAACAAGA